AGCCCGGAGACUGCGUCGCCGAACUGGGGCGGGAGCCUCGGCCCGGUGGGUGGCGGGCCGCCUUGGGGGAGGGGAAGGCGUGGCGCCGGGCGCCCCUCCCCCGUCCGCCUAAACUGUCCUCCCACCAGGAAAUGCAGCUGAAAAAAGGUUAAUGUAUAAUCUAGGGGCGACGUGCUGGGACUUCCAAGGGGCUCUCCAGGGAGCCGAGAGCUGCAGAGCUCUGUGGACAGGCGAAGCUAACGAAGCUGGACCUCUCAUUCCUCCGCCCUUUAGGUCCGCCUCGUGCUAGGACUACUCACAGAGCUCCCUGCAGCAGUACCCGGCCCGCCAUAGGCGCUAAGGCGACCCAGCAGGGCCACGCCCCCUGCAGGUGACCGAUCUGUGGUGACUAGUCUGAAUUGCGCUCAGACCCGCCUACCAGCUACCCCAUAGCUCUGUAGUACAUCGGAUGCCCCUAAGUUGAUCGUUGCCUGCCUUCUCAGUUGUGCUGUGAAACCUACUACGUCCCCGACUCAUCUCUCUCUCUAUUUGUGGACCAACCCAACUUGGCCUGGCUAGGUGCAGGGUAUAAACUGAGACCCAGGGGAGACAAGCUAGCGCUGGAUCUACAAAAGGUUGAAGGAAAGAGAAGACUGAGGUUGCUGUGUAUGGGCCACAGGCUUUUCAACCAGAAGCCAGAGUGAAUUGUGAAAGGCAGAAGCUCUUCCUCCUGAGAAAGACUCCACCACCAGGACUCCGGCAGGCUUCAGGAAAGGGAGUGGUCAAUGAAGAUUUGAGGUCACAUCCACACAGUGGGCACCAACAUUACUAGAUCUGGGGCCACCUGAUACAGGACAGUGACAAUCUGUCACAGUGACACUAUUUGGAGUUGAAUUGAAAAUAGGAGAAACUUAAGUAGAUUUCUAACUCAGAAGAAUGAAGUAGAAGAAUCUGGAAGAAGCAAGAAGCAGAGUCUGUCUUGUGGUUCCUUCAGAUGGAAAUGGACUGCCAGGGAGAGGGCAGGUGCUACAAGGUCAGGCAGGGUGCUGGUAGUGUGUGCUACUUAGUGCAUGGAGCCUGGAUUUGUGAAGACACUGCCUGGCCCAAAGUCUUGCUGUCACUCCAGCACCUUUGUUGAUGUGCAAUGGACAACUUCCAGUACAGUGUCCAGCUCAGUGAUCGAGAGUGGGCCGAGUUCUCAGCCACUGCUGAUGAGUGUGGCCUCUUGCAGGCUGGCCUGGCUUCUGGUGACGAGCUCUUGUCCAGUGACAUUGACCAAGGGGACAGCAGUGGAAGCAGCCCUCCUAGGCCCCCACCCCUCUUCACUGGGCAGCUGGCUCCCCAAGGGAGGGAACAACAGGGCUGUGAGUUGGAGGACGUGGCUGCUCAGCAGCUGAUCAGCAGGUCUCAGUGUGAGCCUGUCCUGGCUCUGGAGGCCAGUCAUCAGGCACCUAGCACGUCCACACAGUCAGAAGCUCUACUGUUUCCCAGCUCAGACAGUGUCUGUUCUGGCCAGGCCUUGUCCUUCCCUGGGUCAUCAACUUUCAGAGACAAGAUGCAAAGGCUUUUGCAGGGCCCUGCCCCUGGCUCUCCUGGUAAGCCCCCUCAUGGUACUGAGUCCUCUGACCACAGUGCCAUUCCUCAGAGUCCCCCUGACAGCCUAGAAGCUCCAUUGCGAAAUCCUGGUCGUAAGAAGAGGCGCGCUGUGGGUGCCAAGGGGACCAAGUGCUCUGGAUCUCUGGGCUCUGCUACUGUCCACAUGAGCUCCCCACAGCUUACAGAGACAAGGCCCAAGGAGGUUCUUAUGUCUGAGACACUAAGGGCAAAAACCCAGCAGGAUAAGCCACAGUCAGACUCUACAGUUACUCCUGAACAUGGCUCUAGUAUCCCUGAACAGAUGGCCAGACAAGAAUCAGGCUUGGAUCCUUCCAUACCUGUUCUAAAAACUGAACAAGAUACAGACCAGAUCAGAAAGACACCCAGAGCUGUGCUACACAUGGUAUCAAAACCUGUCGAGGAAGCUCAUCCAGGUAUCUCCAUGGCCACAGCAAAUGUGUCUAACCCUGUCUCCAAGCCUCAAUCUGACAUGGCUUUGUCUACAUAUGCCUCCGAGCCUAACACAACUUUGUCCACACUUGCCUUCAAAUGUCAACCCAAUUCAAAUCAGUCUACACCUGCCUCUGAGCCUGACAUGGCUUUGUCUACAUCUGCCUCUGUGUCUCAUCUGGACAAGGCUGAGUUUGCAUCUGCUUGCAUACCUGGACUGCAUGCUGACCGAUCUGCAGCAGGCUCAGAGAUCAAGCCAGAAGUUUAUCCCUCUAUACCUGCCUCAGGAGUUGUACUUUGUACAGAUCUGCCUCAUUCUGUUUCAAAGAUUGAGUCUGAAGUGUCUAUACCUGUUAUGCCUUCUUUAUCCUCUAUUUCCCAGGCUGAAGCUGCCAUGGUGGAUACAGAUGUAACUGUGCUUCCAGGGGGAUACUUUGAGAAGCCAGUAGGGCAGCUCUUACAAGGGGCCUCAGGAUAUUCCUCAAGUGAGCCCUGCCCAGGUCCUGUCCAAGUCCCCAAGAAGAAGAAAGUACGAUUUUCCAUGGCUGUACCCAGUCAUGAAGAAUCAGGGUCAGGCAAGCCUAUAGGCCCACCCUUCCUAACUCCAGAGUGGCCUCCAGCUGCCAGGACAGCGGCAGGGAGCCGCGGAGGAUCUGCUGCUUGGGAUGCUGUGGCAGUCGGGCCCCGACUUCCCCAACCUCGGAUUCUCAAGCACCUGCCUCCUCCUAUAUCCUCUGUCUCAGCAGAGCCUGAGCCUGGAAGCUGCUUUGCAGUGACUCUCCCUGAGGCGUAUGAGUUCUUCUUUUGUGAUACCAUUAAGGAGGAAGACGAAGAUAUAGAGGAUGAGGAGGCAGCCUUCCAAGACCUGGAUGAAGUCCAAUGGCCUGACACAUGCGAGUUUUUUUUUCGGGACAGUAGAGCCCAAAGGUCAAAUUGUCAGAGGGGAUACACCCCAGUCCCAUCCCCAAGAGCAGAGGCUGUGGCACCUGUUCCCCCUGGAGAUAUAGUGCCUAUCUCCAUCCCUGAGGUCUAUGAACACUUCUUUACUGAGGAAGGAUUUGGGAACAAACCACCACCAGCCACUCAUAUUCAGCUGCAGACCUCAGAGCUUUCCAGGGAAGUAGGACCUGAGGCAUCCUCCAAGCUUGUUCCAGUUACAGCAGAACAUCUUAGCUUGACAGUCAGGGAGGCAGGGGAACUACAGAGUCCUCUUCCUUCAUUUACAUUCAGCCAGAAUGACAUGUGCCUGGUGUUUGUUGCCUUUGCCACUUGGGCUGUGAGAACCUCAGACCUACAUGCUCCAGAUGCUUGGAAAACAGUCUUGCUGGCCAACAUUGGCACCAUCUCUGCUAUCCGUUACUUCCGCCGUCAGGUUGGGAGAGGGCAUAACGGCAGACCAAGACCCAACUCCAACUCCAACCCCAGCUGCUAGGAGCCAGGCUGGCCUGGUAAAGCAUGGAGCAUGUGGAUGAUUCCAGGACAAAGACAAGAUGUUGCUCUUCUCUUUACCCUUUGAUACCUGUCUUCUAAGGCAUCUAGGAAGGAGCCAGUGUCCUUGGUGCUGACUUACUUGGACUCAACCUAAAGGUCCAGCCAGUGGCUGAGGUCAAGGCCAUUUUCCAUACCUGAGUGGGUAGAGAUUCAGGAUUGUUAAUGAGUGGGCACUGAGCAAGGAGCUGGGCAAUAGGACAUCAGAUUUGCAAAUAAAAACCACAGGGCACCUAGCUAAAUUUGAAUUUACAUGAAAAUUUUUGAGAUAUACUUGUAUGAAGAAAUUAUUUGUUGUUAUCUGAAAUCCAAAUUAAUUGGGUCCUCUGCUUUUUGUCCGGUCAUAAAUUAAAAAUUGAGCAGCAAAACAUCUUAGCUGUUUUGCUAAGAUGGCAAAAGAGGACUCUAUAAUAAGUGUCAAACCAACAAGGUCCCUCUGGGUAUGUCUAGGCCAAGAUGAGGAUACUGAGUGCUUUCAAAGCUAGAGGGAGGCAGUCCAAGAACUUUGCCCUAUUGAAAGGCAGGCUUGGCUGGCAAGGUCCUCCAAAGCCCUGAUCCCCAAGGCACCACAGCCAAAGCUUGCCUAGGCCUGGCCUAAAUCAGUGAAUAGGUUCUAGGGUAGUGGUUCUCAACCUUCCUAAUGUUGCAACUCUCUAAUACAGUUUUUUAUGUUGUGGUAACCCCCAACCAUAAAAUUACUUUUUCUUUUCUUUUUGCUCUUUUCCUUCCUUCCUUCCUUCCUUCCUUCCUUCCUUCCUUCCUUCCUUCCUUCCUUCCUUCCUUCUUUCCUUCCUUUUCUUUCUUUUUCCUUUUUCAUUGAGACUUCAUAACUGUAAUUUUGCUACUGACGGUUAUGAAUCGUAACAGAAAUAUUUUUGAAGCUAAAGAUUUGCCAAGGGGGUCACAACCCACAGGUUGAGAACCACUGUUCUAGGGUAUACCUUUGGGGUGGCCUUGGAGGCCCCUGCGUUGUGGAAUCUGUGGGGCAAGGUUGGAUUUUCUCCACGAUCCCUGGACAGGGUAUACAUAGAAUUUGGUAGCGUCCUAUGGAAGGACUGUCUCUGGAUACUACAGGGAACUUGAAUGAAGCCAAGGCUGAGAUAAAUUGUAGAAAGGGAAGGUAGAUGAUGGGACUGAGGUGGCACAGUGAUAGCCAGUGUAGGGUGAGUUCCACCCAAGAUAGCACAUGAAGGUCCUUAGGAUAGUAAGGUACCCUGGCUGUUCAGAGGGGAACACAGGGACACAGUACCAAUAAAAUCUCUUUCUCAUUUA